AUGAGCAACAAGGCGUCCGAAGUAAGUAAUAGUUCUAUUACUUCCAUUAAUGUGCCCACUAAAGGGCAGCGUAGACAGCAAAAGCAGCCGAGCAAUGAUUGUCUAACAGAUGCAGAGUGGGCAGAGUUGACAGAAAUCACAAUGGGUGUCUCUCCCGAGGAAACGGAUGUUUUGAAUUACGGUGCAGAGGCAGCAGAUACGUUAAGCACAAUAAAGAAGUAUAAGAAAGAAUAUGGAGUAAAAGAGUUAAUAGAGCUGUCAUAUAGCAGUCUAACAAAAGAACAGGCUCUAACAAUAUUCCUUAUAAUAAUCUUCAUUGGAUUUUUGGGCCCGAUGUCAGGAAAUAUCUACAUCCCAGCAUUGCCCUUAUUACAAAUUGAAUAUAACGUCAGUAGUACAACAAUAAAUGCAACAGUGUCUGUAUUCAUGGCUGUAUUUGCUGUUGGUCCACUCUUCUGGGGAAUGUUCGCAGAUGUUGGUGGCAGAAAGAUCUUAUACCUCAUCUCUCUGCUAUUGAUGACAUUAAUAAACGUGCUUCUUUCCGUCUUACCUACAAACAUUGCUGCUCUAUUUGUACUUAGGAUCUUACAGGCCUUUUCUUCAAGCUCAGUGAUUACUCUAGGGGCUGGAACUAUCACAGAUAUUACACCGCCAAAGCACAGAGGUAAAGCGAUUGGAUAUUUCAUGAUCGGCCCAAACAUGGGUCCCAUUGUAGCCCCAAUUAUAGCAGGGCUCAUUCUUAUGAAAGGGAAUUAUUGGAGAUGGCUCUUUGGUUUCACCAGCAUAAUGUCCGGUGUAGCAUUUAUAGUCGUGUUGAUUUUCUUACCUGAGACAUUACGUUGUAAAGUGGGCAAUGGCGACCCAGGAUGGAGGUCUACACAAGCUGACAGUGGAUCAGAAGAGGGCAUUGACCUUCCUCGAGCAUUAUAUGCGCCAGAAUAUAAAAGAUGGACCUUUUUUUCGGAUAUUGGUGUUAGAAAACCAGUGUCAUCUCACCCUCAAUUCAAAGAGCAGUAUCCAGCUCCUCCAAAACCUUCAUUAACUUUAUAUUGGCAUUUGAUAAAAAUUGCCCCAGUCACUUUGACAUCAAUUAGUACAGCAUUACUAUUUGCAAAUUAUUAUGCAUUUAGCGUCACUUUUUCACAUUUCUUGAAAGAUGAGUAUAACUUUUCACAGCUGGCCAUUGGUGCUGCUUACGUAUGUCCUGGAAUUGCCAUGCUACUUGGAUCACAAAUCGGUGGUCAUUUAUCUGAUAAAACUCGAUCUAUAUGGAUUAAAAACCAUGAAGGCCAAGAAUUUCCACUAGAACUUAGACUAGCUUUACAGAUGUGGGGAAUUAUUUUGAAUACAGUAGGAUGUAUAGGAUAUGGCUGGUCUAUUCAGCACAAAUAUCAUAUUGCCAUUAUUCUUAUGUUUUCUGCAUUCUUAGCUCUCGGUAUGACCUGGACUAGUAAUACUACAAUGACAUAUUUAACAGAAUUACUGGCUCAGAGAGCGGCAAGUACGGUAGCGUUAAGCAGUUUCUUUAGAAAUAUUGCAGCAGCUAUUGGCUCUGCAAUCAUUGUAAAACUAUAUACUAUUAUGGGUGUCGGUUGGUGUUUUACAGGGCUGGGUCUUUGUAAUUUGAUAUCGUUGAUGUUCAAUUGGUAUCUUGUUAGAUAUAGUGGCCUGUGGCAAAACAAAGUGACAGCAAGUCGGACUGUAAAAGCUAAAAUUCCUAAGAAAUAA